GUUUUAGGGUUUUAGGGGAGCGCGCGCGAGCUCCAGGUAUGGCGGGCUUCACGGGCUUCGGCGCCAGCAGCAGCAGCACGCCAUCGACGGGAUUCUCCUUCGGCACGUUUGGAGCAGCCAGCAGCACGGCGUCACAGCCCGCAUUUGGGUUUGGAUUCGGCGCCACUCCAUCCUCGGCUCCGGCUUUCGGCAGCGCCACUCCCACGCCCAGCUUUGGUGCCAGCAGCAGCCCGGCAUUUGGGUCCAGCAGCUCCACACCAGCGUUUGGCGCGUCUCCGGCAUUUGGGUCCGGUACCCCGCCAUUUGGGGCCAGCACUAGCCCGGCCCCGGGAUUUGGAGCAGCGACGAGUAGUGGAUUUGGAGCAGGGAGCUCUCCAUCGCCGGGAUUUUUUGGAGCGAGUAGCAGUCCGGCGCCGGCAUUUGGAGCGAGCCCGUUUGGAGCAAGCAGCUCUCCCGCGCCAGCAUUUGGAGCGACCAGCUCUCCGGCAUUUGGAGCGGGCAGCUCUCCGGCAUUUGGAGCGAGCAGCUCUCCGGCUUUUGGAGCGACCAGCGCUCCGGCAUUUGGAGCGAGCAGCACUCCGGCAUUUGGAGCGAGCAGCACUCCGGCAUUUGGAGCGAGCAGCACUCCGGCAUUUGGAGCUAGCAACACUUCGGCAUUUGGAGCAACCAGCACUCCGGCAUUUGGAGCGACCAGCACUCCGGCGUUUGGAGCGAGCAGCUCUCCAGCAUUUGGAGCGAGUAGCCCGUUUGGAUCAAGCAGCACUAGCCCAGCCCCGGCAUUUGGAGCUAGUAGUAGCCCAUUUGGAGCGAGCGGGAGUAGUCCUGCGCCGGCGUUUGGAGCCAGCAGUAGCCCAGCUCCGGCAUUUGGCGCGAGUGCUUUUGGAAGCCCAUCACCCGGGUUUGGAGCAAGCACUAGUGCUUCUACGUCGCCCUUCACUCAGGCUGCGCCACUCUUUUCGAGCCAGGCACAGGCGGCUACAUCCUCGUCGCCCUCGUGGUCGGCUCCUCCAUCCUCGGGUUUUGGAUUCGGAGUCUCUACCGCCACUGCUUCUUCCACUCCGCCACCCUCUCAAGGCUUCUCGUUUGGGAACACUUCCGCUGGCUCUCAGUCUACUCCAGCAACGACGCAAGCUAGUGCCGGUUUCGGGGGAUUUGGCCAGAAGCCAUUGACUGGAACGAGCUCGUCCUCUGGAUUUGCAGCCUCGCUGUCCACACCGGCGUUUACUUCGUCGUCUGCGAGCCCGAGCACGACGCUCAGCCUUGGGAACACGAGCUCUUCGGCGGCGCCGUCUUUGUCGUUUGUAGCACCUUCAGCAACUCAACCCCAGCCUGCUGCUACGACGCCGCUCGCUCCAGCACUGUCUUUCAGCUUUAGCACUCCAGCCGCCGCAGCUAGUUCGAGUGCUGCAGCGUCACCGGCAUCUCCAUUGUUUGCAAGCUCUGCUGCUUCGCCUCCCGCAUCGGCGCCAGCUCCAGCUUCGACGCCUUCUAUCUUUUCUACGCCGGCUCCUUCCACUUCAAAGCCGCCCACAACCAGUGCAGCUCCGUUCGCGUUUGCAACGCCAGCAGCAGCUCAAUCUUUGGGAACCACUGCUAAAACUACUGAAGCGGUGUUGACAACGCCUGCAACAACAACACAGGGAGGUUCCGGAGGUCUCCUUGUUUCAUCUGCGGCAACAACUACGUCAGCUUCUAUAGUACCUGCAUCGACACCAGCAGCCUCUGCGACCCCGACGGCUGAAAAGACUCCCAAGUUCCCAUCAGAGAUUGUUGGAAAAACUGUGGAAGAGAUUAUAAAAGAAUGGACGUACGAACUUCAAGAGCGGACGGCCAAGCUUCGUAAACAGGCUGAGGCACUUGGGGAGUGGGAUCGGCGGAUUAUCAGCAACAGGAAUGUGCUCAUAAAGCUCGAGAGUGAAGUUGCAAAAGUCGUGGAGUCACAGCAUGGGCUGGAGCGCCAACUAGAACUUAUAGAAACACAUCAGCAAGAGGUCGAGAAAGCUCUUGAAAGUAUAGAAGAAGAGGCUGAACGGCUCUACAAGGACGAGCGAGGACUCGUUCUUGAGGACGAAGCCACAGCAACUAGAGAUACAAUGUUUGAGCAAGCAGAAUUCAUCGAAAGAGAACUGACUCGAAUGGGUGAGCAGAUCAAGGAAACCGUGGAGAAUAUCAAUGCGAGUCAGGGUGGGGACAUACAUAUGAUUGAAAAUGCUAGUCCACUCGACUUGGUCGUGAGAAUUCUCAACAACCAACUAACUUCACUCGUUUGGAUUGAUGAAAAGGCUGCGGAACUAUCCGCGCGAAUCCAGAAGCUUUCGGACAAUGGCAUGACUUUCAGCACCAGAGGCUUUACUCCUGGGGUCAAAUUGAGAGGAGCUUAGACUGAUUUUGUUAGAACCGAUAAAUUAGAGCAACCAUUGCUGAUCACUUUGAAUCUUUUACUUCGGAAAAAAUAAAAUAAAAUGUUUUGAUAAGCAAAAA